UUUAGGACAGUCAGCGGUUCGUGACGCGGGCUCUAUUCUGUACAUUUCGACCCUGCUGAGUCUGCGUAGCUUGGUUGUGAAGCAGUCGGAAAGCUAUCAGUGAGCGAAAUGCCAAGAAUUUUGUUUUACAAAUCGCUGAAUGAUCUCAGUACCGCGGAUUUUUACACAGAGAGAAAGAGAAAAAAAUCUAGAUUCUACGAGAUCGAAAGAGUCGUUUCAAAAAGAGUCAGUAAGAAAAAGAUUGAAUAUUUCAUCAAGUGGAAGGGCUACUCGAGCCUACAAAACUCCUGGGAGCCAGAAGAGAAUUUAAACGCCUUUGCUUUGAGGUCAUUCAACAACCCAAGGCUCACACAGCAAGAGAUUGCUGAUGCCAGAUCACCCUUUGAUCAAAUGCAAAAAGUCGUGAGGAUAUAGGGAAUAGUCCUCAUGGUUAGAAACAUUCUCCUUGUCAGUACCAUGGGAAAUAUAAAGAGAAAAGUGUGGAGAUUACAAAUGUUAAUGUUAGGGUGUAAAGGGUUAAUGAAAUAUUGCCAACCACGCGCCGGCCGAUCUAAUUUCUUUGCUUUGCUUUGCUUUGCUUUUACGUCGCUAAUGAAGACGCGCUUCCAAAAACAUUGAAUUUAAAUCAGUGAAAAACUGUAGAUAAUACUUGGGAAAUUGUCAUGCUGCACGAUCAUUUUAACUCUCUUUUUUUUUUUCAAACCUAAUCUGUAGAUUCUUUCCCGGGACUGUGAGAAGUUCCAUUAGUAGACUAUAUCGACCUGAACGGCAAGCUUUGCAAUUUCGUCGAAUCUUGCACUCUCCCUAAAACUGCUAUGGAGACUUACGAACUCUU